UGAAAGCCAUGUGCCAGGACGCACGAAUCCACAGCGCAGUUUUACGCACAGAAACGCGCAUCAAUCUCGGAUUUUUUUCUAAUCUGACACCAUGAUGCUGUUGAGGUCUUUUGCGCCCUGGUUGCUGUUGGCUUUCCUGGCUCAGCAGGUCUCUUCAUCCUGGACUGGACGAGGCAGCAAGAACGCGUCUUCAUCACCUGGUCGACUCCCAAAUGGGGUGGUGGGAAAGGGCAAGUUCACCAACAACAAGAUGCUGUGCCUCUGGCACGCCGUAGACGUCUCCAACGCGACCAGGAUCGAGAUCGGAUGUGACCCGGGCGCGUUCAACAAGAGCGGACUCUUCGCACUGCAGUGUAGCUACGUGGGGAAACCUCAGAAAUGCUCCAUGUACAAGUCCAACCCAGAGGCGUUCUGGAAGCGGGUGGCGCGCAGGCUCAAGAAGAUCCAGGUCAAACUGUGCAAGGAUGAGCGCGCGCAGGUGCAGGCUGCGUCCUGUGGACGCUCGCAGCGAGACGCGCAUUUCAAGCUGGACCCCAAGAGCACCAGGAUCUUCGGUCCGCCCUCGGGUUCCCACAUCCCUCAGCCACGUCCAACCAGGUUCCCAGCCCCGGUUCCCACCCUGGCCAGACCCACAAACUGCACGUCCCGUGAGGAGCGGCUGAAAACGGCGGAGGAGUACUGCAGCAGCGACUGGGCCAGCGUGUGCUCCUUCUUCCUCUCCCUCCUGCAGAGCGACGGCUGCUAGGAGGGCUGCAGUGCAGACGCGACGCUUCUCGGCAUCUGUACCCAGGUUGUCCCUCGAUGUGGAUUUUAAAAACGUGAACUCAUUUCAGUCUAUUCCAUAUGUAUGCGUCAGGUGCGCGCGCUUUUCUGAAUGUGGCUCAACAGAAUUGGACUGAAUGUAAUGUUUUAUUUAAUUUGCGACCCAAGAGCAGUUGUGGAGACUUUUUUUUCUGUAUCCAGGGUUCAGAAAUAAAGAAAAGUACUCAAAAUGUCGAUUUAGCUACAACAAUACUAUUGUUUUGAAGAGUACUCAAUCACAACUAAAAUUAUUGUUUGUAAAAAAAAAAAAAAAAAAGCUCGAGGUAAAGUUCAAAAUACUUCUCAAGUAUUUUGUA